GAGGAUGCAUAAACUUUCCGUGUCUUUUGCUCUGUUCACCAUAGCUGGCUACUGGAGACCGGAGGAGUGGCCAGUCCAUUCCUUUCGAUACUGGUUGUACAACGUUUACUCGGCGUUAAUGAUACUUUCCUUGUACUUUUACACGUUCUGCUACUUCAUAGACUGCAUGAUCAUAGAGGAUAUCGAAUCCGCGACCAUACAAUUCUCUGUGUUCAUCUCGGUGGCAGGUGUCUGCGCCAAGGUUGCCAAUCUGUUUUUUCAGCGUGGAAAGAUUAUAAACACAGUGAACACUCUGGUGCAGGGGAACUGUUUGCCGAGAGACGAAAUAGAGAGGAUCAUUCAGCGGAAGUUCGAUGACUAUGCCAGAAACCUGACGGUAUGGUGCGAGAUCCUGAACGAGUUAGCCGCAGUGUUCGCAUCCCUGACGCAAUUCAAAGAAUUACUAAGGACGAGAAAACUGCCCAACUUCGAUUGGUCACCGUUUAAUCUGGCAUCACAAAAAGCAUACGUAUUCAGUUUGAUUCAUCAUACGUUGACUCUGAUGGUCUGCGCGAACACCAGCGUGGCCAACGAGACGCUGAUCUCUGGACUGAUGAUUCAAGUUUGCUCACAGUUUGAAAUUUUCUGUCAUCGAGCGCGAAAUUUGCCCUCUGCUCUUCUAGAGGCGGAGAGGAUCUGCACGUCCAUGCAAGACUUGAGGAACAGAAGAAUGAGAAUUCUUGGGGACUUGGUCCGGUAUCACCGCAUUGAUUACAAACUCGCAAGAGUUGUCAACAAGAUAUUUCAGUACAUGAUUUUCCUCCAGUUCUACAUAAGCUCGAUCGUGCUGUGCUUAAUUAUUUACGUCCUGUCAACGAAAUCCACGCUCAAUACUGAACUCAUUUGGAGCAUCUCUUACCUGGGCUCUAUGCUCAUGCAGGUGUAUCUAUAUUGCUGGUUUGGAAACGAGGUGACGUUGAAGAGUACGAGUGUGGGUGACGCCAUUUACGAAAUGGACUGGACGACUCUCCCAACUAGUGUAAUGAGGGAUUUACUGACUAUCAUGGCAAGAACCAAGAAACCUGUCGUAAUGUCAAGUGGUCACGUCGUCUCUUUGUCUACAGAAUCCUUUAUGGCAAUCAUAAAAAUGUCGUAUUCGUCGUACAACCUCUUGAAAGACAGUUCGUAAUGAGUGAACAAAUUGCAUCAUCGAAGAUCGUCAUCUCGCAGACUCCACAAUCCAACAAUACAAACAGUAAUGUACUUAUAGAAUUUUCAUGAAAACAUUUAAGUAUUUCAUUUGUUUUCUCGAACGUGAUGAUUCACAUAUAUCUAUUCUACUAUGUUGUCAUGAUCGCAUGAGAGAA